AUGGCUGGCUCAAUCUCCAACGUGAUCUACCAGACCUUCAUCCGCAAGAACGCGGUCUUCGUGACCUCGAUCUUCGCCAGUGCCUUUGCCUUCGAGCUUGCCUUUGAUACCACCACCAACAAGAUCUGGGAUGCUUUCAACCGCGGUCGGCAAUGGAAGGACAUCAAGUACCAGUAUAUGAAUAAGGAGGAGGAGGAUGAGGAUUAA